UCCAGACGCAGGGAGCUUUACCGUCUGCGAGCUGCGGGGCUACCAGGCGCUGGGCAGCUGUCUCCGGGGGAGGACGACACACGCAACCGGUGCUUUUCCUCUCCGUCUCCCUGUUUGAUGGUCAGUGCCCGCCCCCCUCGCCCGCCCGCCGCCGCCGGCCCGCCCCCGCCCACAGGACGAGCGCACCCCCCGGUCCUCUCAGAGAGCGAGUGUCUCCGUGAUGGACGCGCAGCCGCCGCUACCCGCGACCUCCUGAGCAGCAGGUGCACCGACGGAUACGGCACAACACAGGAAAAACCUCGGUGUUCAUGAAACUUUGCUACGAUUUACGUGCUGGGGUUGCCGUCCGCCAUGUUAAGGUAAAGCCCAGGUGCGCGGUGUUGACCAUGCUAAAGCGCCUGGACAAGAUCCGCUUCCGAGGGCCCAGAACGCGAGACGACUACCCGGAUCUGGGCGACUCGCCACCUGCCUCUGACAACGAAUGUAGCGAAGACAUGCAGCUGAAGCCCAGAGCCUCUCUGCGAGAUACGGAGGACAUCCUGCGAGACCCUGCUGGUUCGGGGUCUCCCGUGAUGGCAGCUGCCAUCCAGGACUUCCAGAGGUCGGAGUCGGAGCGGCUCAGUGAGAUCAAGGGUCACUUGGAAAUUGCCUUAUUGGAGAAACAUUUCCUACAGGAGGAGCUGAGGAAGCUGCGGGAAGAGACUAAUGUGGACUCGCUGCGACAGGAGCUGGAGAGAGAGCGGAGCAAAAGGGCAGACCUGGAGCAGAAGAUGAAUGAGGUGCUCAAAACCAGACUUGAGGACUCUCCACCACAGCCUCCCAGAAAACAGCAGUCACCCUCGAAAAAUGGAACGGCAGAAAAACAGCAGAAGGAGGUGUGGAGUUCACGGCUGCAGAAGUGGCUGUACGAGCGCUUUGGGGUUUACAUAGAAGACUUCCGCUUCCAGCCGGAGGAAAGCACCGUGGAGACAGAGGAACCGCUAAGUGCUAAAAGGUUGACAGAAAACAUGAGGCGACUCAAGCGAGGCGCCAGGCCUGUCACCAACUUCUUAAGGAACCUCUCCGCCUUAUCUAACUGGCACUCCGUCUACACCUCAGCUAUUGCCUUCAUUAUUUACAUGAAUGCUGCUUGGCACGGCUGGGCGAUUCCCAUGUUCCUCUUCCUGGCCAUCCUGCGCUUGUCCUUAAACUAUCUCAUUGCCAGAGGUUGGAGGAUCCAGUGGAGCAUCGUGCCUGAGGUGUCUGAACCAAUGGAGCCUCCAAAGGAAGACUUGACUGUGUCGGAAAAGUUCCAGCUGGUACUAGAUGUUGCACAAAAAGCUCAGAACCUGUUUGGAAAGAUGGCAGAUGUUUUGGAAAAGAUUAAGAACCUGUUCAUGUGGGUACAACCCGAGAGCACCCGGAAACUUUACAUCUGCCUGUGGGUGGCUUUCAUUUCCUCCUGCGUCUUCCCGUACAAGCUGAUGGGCUUCAUGAUCGGCGUCUACGCCGGUAUCAAGUUCUUCGUCAUAGACUUCCUGUUUAAGAGCUGUCCGAAGCUUCGGGACAAAUACGACACACCUUACAUAGUGUGGAACAGCCUUCCCACUGACCCCCAGCUCAAAGAGAGGACCAACGCCACGGUGUCGCGGAGGCUCUCCUGCAUUGAGAAGGUGCAGCCGGUGGUGUCCCGGAGCAGCCUCGCCACCAUCCAGUGUGGCGUGAGCAGGGAGGAGGAGACCGGUCGCUCUCACAGCACCAAGAAGGGAGCCUUCCACGAGAUCUUCAACCUGUUGGAGUCAGAGCGCCCUCUGGCGGUGUGUGAGAACGGCUGGAGGUGUUGCCUGAUAAACAGAGACCGCAAGAUGCCCACAGACUACAUCAGGAACGGAGUUCUUUACGUCACAGAGAAUUACUUGUGCUUUGAGAGCUCCAGCUCCCGGUCCAGCUCCUCCAAGAAGAAUAAAGUCAUCAAGCUGGUGGACAUCACAGACAUACAGAAGUACAAAGUGUUGUCAGUCCUGCCAGGAAGUGGGAUGGGAAUCUCCAUAGCCACUCCCUCCACUCAGAAGCCAUUGGUGUUCGGUGCCAUGAUCCACAGAGACGAGGCUUUCGAGGCCAUCUUCACUCAGUACAUGAAGAUCAUGACCACCUGUAAACCCCCGGCCAGCGCGGAGCUCUAGAGCGCCUGCGUGCCGCCACAGACCCGGAGGCGCCGCCUCCUGGGCUUCACCUGAACUGGAAGACGGUUUGAAACGCCCCUCCCUCCGGUGACGGGCCUCAGCUUCCUCUGGGACGGUCGUGGCCUGGCUCCAGUUGGUGAAUCCCGUGUUUAGACCGACGCCUGAGGAUCGGGGUGGUUUUUAUCAAUGGCCAGAGGGCUGCAGAGGGGCUGGCUCUCCUCUCCCCCUCCCGGACCGGCCGGAUCACUCAUUUCUGUGUUAGUGUGAGUGUGUGUGCGCCGUUGUGUCAGGUGACUCCAUCUUCCUUUCUCCCUCCGUCAGCGGAGCUAAGCCCGCCGUGUUAGGAAGACUUAAACGGACUCUCAACCUGGAUGUAAAGUUACUAUCUUGAGAAAAAAAAGAACUAGCAGAUAUAAUGUUAUUUUUUUUCUAGUUUUGUUUUUUUUUUUGUUUUCUUUCUUAGUUUCCAAUCGUGUAGGAACAAAUGUACGUUAUGGCUCUAUAACUCACAGCAAACUCAUUAAUGUCGUUAUAUUGGUGUUAAAGUGGUGCUUUGUCAGCACAGCUCAACAGAACUUAAGAUGUGCACAUGUCUGAGUCGUCCGCAACUGUUAUUUAUUUCUGUUAGCCGUGAAAACGUCAGGUUUCUUCUUGACGGAUGCCAAGCCUUCCUGUUAGUUUACAUCGCUGCUGCGUUUGUCUUCGUUCUCCUUUUUUCUGCCUCGUUUCAGCAGGGACAGCAGAUCUCACCAUCCUGAACACGCAUUGUUCAGCAUUUGCUUCUGUGUUUGUGAGCAUACGUGAAAUUCGCCGUGAGCUUUUUGCCUUUUUUUCUGUCUUUAACAGCCUUUUUGGGUGUGUAGCUGGUGGUAGAGGACACUGACGUGUGGCACAGUUGGAGAACCAUGUUUAAACCUCUACUUGUUGAGGCAAAAACUGUAUAAAGAGAGCUUUCUUUGUUUUCUGCACUUUACUAGAAGUUUGAACUGGAACUGUUGAGGUUUUUGUUUGACCUUCAGCUAGUCUGUUAGCAAAAGUAUCAAAGCUGCCAAUCAAGUCCUGUUCCUGCUUGAGGUUAAAUUAGAACAGUUGAUGCUUCACUUAAAAGUUGGGUAGGAUACCUUUUAGUUUCUACUUUUUGUUUUUGUAUGUUACCUGAAAUUUGCGCUACACACUGAUGACGAGCCAUUAAAUGCUCUCACAUCAAAACAACCAAAAAAGAACUGAAUCACCGGUAGAAAUGAAGGAAGGGUCUUUCUGACAUCUCCUAUCCAACCUUUAUCCUAUCCAAGUGUCUUUGGAUGUUAUAAUAUAUAUUUUGUAGUUUUAUUUGAAGGAAUAUUUUGAUCACUUUCAGGAAGUUUCCUCUAGCUCUCGCAGUCUUCCGUCCCGAUUAUCACACCUCUCUUCUAAACUGACACCAAGGAGUUGGUUUUUUUUGUGUUUUUUUCAUAUUAAGAUAUCACGUUUCACUUCAUUUGAAGUAAAAUCUGAUUAUUUCCAUCCCUACGAUUGCUAGAAAGAACCCAGGGUAACUAUGGACUCCCAUCCUGGUCGUCUCGUAUGACGGGUAUCGCUUUAUGGCGCUACGCCACACACAAAUGAUGGAACUACUGUAGCCUAUGGGGCUGACAGACUAAAACAGGUAACCAUGGAAAGGUUCAUGGAAGCAAGUUAAUCUCCAAACCUGCCCGUGUCCCAAUUAAAGGCAGGGUAGGAUUCUUGGAUCACCUCCCAUCUGUUUAUUAUAUAAAUGAAAUGAUCAACAAAAACGGGGAGGGCUUCAUCCUCUCACCAGUACAGAAGAAGGAAAAAGCCUCCCCUUGAUGUCACACUUCGUUAUCCCCCGUCGUCGGUGACGGCUGGAGCGAUGUUGUUAUGGUUUAGGGAGGCGGCUGCCUGAACCUCGUUUCCACCUCACGGAGCCAGGGCUGUGCCUGUGUUUGUGUGCGUUUGUUUUUUCUUUUAAUGUAGUGUUUUUCUAACGGUGCACUCAUUAGAUGGGCAGCUAGCGGAGGAGAUGCUCUCUGAAUGUGACAAAGUUCUCCGGCUUACCUCUACCUUUUAUUAUUCAGUAUUUCUAAGUCCCAGUAAAAGAACAGGAACGAUUGUGGUCGCAAACAACUUCUAGAUAUCUUAGCAUCUCAAUAUUUCAAAGCUAGAAAUUCAAAUCCAAGUGUGUGUUCAGGCUUGUUGGUCAAUGUUAUUAAAUCUAGAUUAAUCCCUUCAGGCCCCCCCAGCACUCUUCUAGUUGCUCUACAUGUGGGCUUUUUGUUUUAAAAAUGCUAGUAUUUGUGUGUACGUGGCUAGACGUGAAGACUGAUCAGAAUAUUUCAGCGUCACUUUAUUUUGAGACACCGUUCACAGGAACGAAGCUGGUCUUUGUCCCUGCAGAACGGCACCAUGUGUAGAAACCGAAUGCCAAACUGCGGGAGACGUUGGUUGGUCUCGUGGGGUGACCCGGGACCGGACGCUUCCCCGCGCUUUCUAGAGAGAGUGACGGCAGCGUAGCGCCAGUCCCCAUCUCGGCAGCACAAGCUUUGAUUUUCCUCCUCAACCUCAUUCAACACUGUUAAAAGGGAGACCUUGACAUUUUCUUUGGAUCUGUUCAUUUUCUUUCUCUCACGUUUGAAGUGUCAAGGCUUCUCUCACGUACCGCUCCUCUAGUGGCGGUCGAGCCGAAGCAGCCGGGCUGGAUAUGAAGCUGCCGGAGACGCGGCAGACCAGUUCAAACAAAAAAAGUUUUUUUUAUUUCAACUUAUUGGUCAUAGCUAUUGUUUUUUUUUCUUCUUCUUCUUCACGUGUAUGUUUUAGUUUAUUUUCAGCUGCCUUCCCAGACAUGGAUUUUAAUUUUAGUGGAGGAUUAACCGGAUCCAUGGACGGGGACACCUGUCGGAUAUUUGAGCAGGUGGAAUCUGCGGACUCACUGUGUGAUUAGACGGCUAGUCGUAGCCUCCAAGCUUUUACCUGAAGCCUUUUUGUGAUCUGUUGAACAUGAGGCGCGGCCCUCCGGGGGCCCCCGGGACCCCCGACCAGGGCCGCACUCGGAUAAAGCACAGAAUGUAUCACGUGAUAAAUGUCGAGCAUUUUGAAUUUUUCUUUUGCCAAAACUUUUAUUUUUCUGUCUGCCAUGUUCUGCCUACGCUCAUGUUUACAGAUGGUUGUAAGAUAUUCUUUUUUUUGUUGUUUUUUCUUUUUUCUUUUGGCUGAAAUUAAGCCAGUUUGAAUUCCUGAAUGUGGAGUUAUGAAGACUGGACUGCUGUUGUUGAAUUAACGUCUCCUCUCAUUGGCUGUGCACCCGUCACGACUCGUCCCUGACUGGAAAACGCCGGUCAGAGCAGUAUUUUGCAACACUUGGUCGUAUUUCAGUGGUAGUUGCUGUAAAUGCCAGAUUCACGUGUUUCAUUAGACUGGAAAGACAACAUCACUGCUGUUGACACUUUGUCCAUGUGGUUCAUGCAAAUAUAUCAACUGUGUAUUUUCUGUCCAGCCAGGGAUUUAUUUUUGCACCAUUCAGCGUGAAAAAUUAGUUUAAAUGCCAAAAGCAACCUUUUUUUUCUUUUUUAAUUCUCGAACAUGCAUUAUUUUAUUGGACGAAAAAAACACGUCAGAUGUUUUUUUUAAAUGUCUUUAU